AUGAUAGGGUUAGGUCAAUACGCGGCUCUGAGCCUGGCCACCUUGCUAGGAGUUGUCUACCAUGCCUUCUACACGCGGGAACAGUUCUUCCCAGCCAUGCUCUACCUUUCCACUUCCAAAAUCUGCCUCGUUGUCAUGGGGAAUAUGGCCUUCGUCCUGCUAUUGCUUCUCGGCCAUAUCGUGAAAGCCGUUUUCCUCGGAAAGCUUCGGGAAGCUGAGGUUGAGAGACUACACGAGCUGUCGCGGCACGAGAUCAUGGAGACGUGCCUCGCGAUGACGAUUUUCCGAGAGGAAUUUACCUUUUCUUUCGGCGGAAUGUUUUCCACCCUCCUUUUCGUGAAGAUUUUCCACUGGCUGGCUCAGAAACGGGUGGAGUAUAUCGAAACGACGCCUGCAGUAUCGCGGCUUUCGCACAUCCGGAUCACCGUGUUCAUGGUGCUGCUCCUGGCGAUGGACUGCGUGCUCGAAUUCCAGGCGGUCUCGUAUCUUCUGAAAACUCGCUCCGCUUCCGUCCGGAUCCUCUUCGCUUUCGAGUACUUCAUCCUGGCGUCCGCCAUGCUGGCGAACAUCGUCAAGUACGUGUUGUACAUGGUGGACACGGUGAUGGAGGGGCAGUGGGAGCACAAGGCGACCUACAUCUUCUACCUGGAGCUCGUGAAGGACCUCCUGCACCUCCUCGUCUACCUCGCCUUCUUCUCCAUCAUUUUCAUGACGUACGGCCUGCCCCUGCACCUCAUCCGCGACCUCUACGAGACAUUCCGCAACUUCCGCAUGCGAGUGGCGGACUUCAUCCGCUAUCGCCGCAUCACAUCCAACCUCAAUGAGAGGUUUCCUGACGCCACUCCUGAGGAGCUGGAGAGGUGCGUGUCUUGGCUUGGCGCCUCAAAAGUCUUCAUCCGCUAUCCCCGCAUCUCCUCCAAGUUCCAACCUCAACAUGAAAGGUUCCCCGAUGCGACUCCUGAGGAGCUGGAGAGGUGGCAUGCAAUCCCAAUCCCCGCCUCCCCUUCCCAUCCUUCCCCCACUCUCCCUGCCUUCUUCCUCGCCCACCUUUCCCCCUUUACCUCCCCCAGGGCGGACAGCACGUGCAUCAUCUGCAGGGAGGAGAUGACGUCAGCGAAGAAGCUUCCCUGCGGGCACCUCUUCCACGUGCACUGCCUGCGCUCCUGGCUCGAGCGCCAGCAGACCUGCCCCACCUGCCGCGCGCCCCUGCUGCAGCCCCAGGCGCAGCCCACGGCCCCCCCUGCCGCUGCUGCCGCCGCCGCCGCUGCGAGAAAUGCCGCCGCUGCUGCUGCUGCUGCUGGUGCUGCUGGUGGCGUUGCUGGUGGUGCUGGCGGUGCUGGUCUAGGGUUUGGGGUGCCAGGGGGAGCUGGGGUUGUGCCUCUUGCGCCUCCUGCUGCUGCGCCUGGUGUUGCUCCUGGUGCUGGUGCUGGUGCUGGUGCUGGUGCUGCUGCUGGUGGUGUGGGCGGCGUCAUUCCCUUGGGUCAGUUCCGCAUUGCUGCAGGCGAACAAGCACCUCAGAUCCCCCUCACUGCAGUUCAGGCCCAGGCCACUGGGCCGGCUGCGUCCAAUAGCACAGGUGCAGAUGCCUCUGUUGGUCUGGACGAUGGUGUGAGUGGUAACAGUGGUGGUAGCAGUGGCAGUGGUAGUGGUGGGAGUGUUGCUGCACCUAGUGCUGCUGGUGUGGAGCCCUCUCAAGGAAGCGGAGAGGGGGGUCAGGGGCAAACAGAAGCAGGUGAAGGGCAAAGCUAG